AUGUCGAAAAGGACGUUGACAGCAUUCAAUAGGAUCUGCUCCACGGAUCUCGUGGCUUUUGAAUCCCUCGUCACGAAACUCUUAGCAUUGGAUAACAAAAGCCCGUAUUUUGUUAAUGAUUUGUCAAUUUACCAGUCCCUCAUCAAGGAGGAGUUUGAGAAAUUGGAGGAUAAACUUGACACCUUUCUUAACAUGGAUCAGCUUCCGGAGGGAUUGGAGGAAGAGACACUCCUAGCUGCUGUCUCCAAAUUUAAGGACAUACGCCUACAAUCAGAAUUGUUUCUGAACAGAGCUAUGCCCAAACCAAUGGCUUCGUCUACAAUUGCUUCAGCCACUAUGGGUGAGUUUAAUCAAACUAUUAAUAAUUCAAGUAUGUUGUCAUCUUCGGAUUUACCACGUCUGUCUUUACCCACGUUUGAUGGGAAGGAUCCAGCGGCGUUUAAUGAAUUUUAUUCUAAAUUCAAAAUCAUGGUUAUUGAUAACCCUGUUUUGACUCCUAAGCAGAAGCUAGUUUAUUUACUUAAUCAUUUGAAGGGUAGCGCCUAUCAAAAAAUUAGCCUUUUGCCAAUUGACGACCAGAAUUUUCAGUUGGCUAUUGACACCUUGACUGAACGAUAUCAGAAUUCCAAAUUAAUGCCUGUUACAUUUUGGAGAGGGAAGCCUGUGCCUCCACCCAGCCUGCCUGCUCCUUCUGCUGCACCGCCCAAGGAGGAUCUUGGGUCCCAACAAAGUAUGUCGGUGAGUGCUUCUAGUAAGUCUACUAGCGUGCUCAUGGCCACUUGUCUGGUCCGCGUCCAAGUGAACCCUAAGAGGUUUUUGAUUGCUAGAGCUAUAUUAGACAGCGCUAGUCAAGUCUCUUUUAUAUCCGAGGCCUGUGCUCAGAAGCUAGGUGUGAACCGUUUUAACAGUUCGGUCAAGGUCUGUGGUAUCGGUCUGGCUACACCUCCGGCCUCGAAGGGAUGUUGUAAGUUGACGGUUGCUAAUAUAGGAGGGCAGGUACUUACCGAGUCCCACACAUUCCAUAUAUUACCGCAAAUCGCUCAGUGCACCCCACGUGUGCCAAUAUCCCCCCAAGUCUUCGAAGCCGCUAAGCAUCUAGUCCUGAGCGACCCCACCUUUGGACAGCCUUCCAAGGUGGAUUUGUUACUCAAUGCUGAGCUUGUCGCAGCUUCUCUCAAUGGCACUAUAUUUCCUCUUGGAAAAGGCCUGCCCAUGGCGGUAUCCACUAUCUUUGGAUUUGUGCUUAUGGGCACUGCGCCUAUUGCCAAUGAAGCUUCAUAUUUCACAUGUGUGAAUUCAUCGAGUCCCAUGACCGAGUCUGGUGCACUCCAGCCCGUGGCUGAGUUGCCUUUGGAUUCUUGUCUGAGUCAGGACUGUAUGUAUUCCCAAUGUCUAGUUUCUUCCCUUGAUGGCGAACACGACUCAUUUGAGUCCUUUAAUCGUUUUUGGGAGCUUGAAGAGCCUCCUCAAGUUGAGCAUUUGGUGACUGACGAGGAGAAGCUUUGCGAGGAACAUUUUGUUCGUACAACUACUCGCCUUCCCUCAGGACGCUUCGUCAUUAGUCUACCAUUUAAGAUUGACCAUGACUCCCGUCUGGGGAACUCCUUUAACAGUGCUCUCUCGCGUUUCCAUGCCUUGGAACGCAAGUUUAACUCUAACCCUACCUUUAAGUCUCUUUAUGUCGAUUUCAUGCGAGACUACGUUGAUAAAGGACAUAUGUCACUCGUGACGGAUAUCACUUAUCCUAAAUACUACAUCCCUCACCACGGCAUAUUCCGAACACACGGAGAUAAAUCUAAAAUCCGUGUAGUUUUUGAUGCUAGCUGUAAGUCUAGCACGGGGUAUUCGCUGAAUGAUGUCCUUGAUGACCGAAGGUAUAAUUUUGUGUUCUGCGCUGAUAUCCAGCAGAUGUUCCGGCAGAUAUUAGUUAGUUCGGAGGAUUCCGCAUAUCAAUGCAUAUUGUGGCGUGAAACCCGAACUGAUCCUAUAAGCAUCUAUGCGUUGCGCACAGUGACUUAUGGUACCACUUGCGCUCCAUACUUAGCUAUCCGCUGUCUACUGCAGCUUGCUCAGGAGGAAGGCAUGGAUUUUCCGCUAGCCAAACGAGCAUUGGAAGCUAAUAUUUUUGUGGAUGACUUUGCCUGUGGUUCUAAUACUCUUGCUGAAGCCCGGCGCCUCAAGACCGAGCUUGUAGAGCUGUUAGGCAGAGGUGGCUUCGUGCUAAAGAAAUGGGCCAGUAAUUGUUCCUCGCUGUUGGACGAUAUCUGUUUGGAAGAUCAAACUCCCAAUAACUUUCAUGGCAUUCUUGGUUUAUCCUGGGAUCCAGUACAGGACACAUUGUCUUAUCCUACGCAUGAAAUGGUUUCCUCUUGUCCAUCCCCGCUCUCGAAGCGCUCAAUCAUGUCGCAAACUGCUCGUUUGUAUGACCCGUGUGGUUUUAUCUCGCCUAUCGUGAUGAGAGCUAAAUGCUUCAUGCAGACCUUAUGGCGAAACUCACUAGGCUGGGAUGAGCACUUGCCGGCUAACCUUGUGGCGGAGUGGGAGGAAUAUUAUUCUUCGUUAUCUCACUUGGGUGAGAUAACAUUCCCUCGUUUUUUGAACAUGUUAGAUGUCAUUGAGCUUCAUGCCUUUUCGGAUGCCUCUCAGUUAGGUUAUGCCGCUUGCCUCUAUGUACGUUGUUCGAUACUAGGUUCGACUUCUUGUCGACUGUUGACUGCUAAGGCUAAGGUUGCGCCUCUGAAGACUGUGUCCAUACCUCGGCUUGAGCUACAAGGCGCUCAUCUCAUGUCAAAGCUCGUUUAUCAUUAUGUAAACCUAUUUAAGCCUUAUAUCACUAUUUCUGGUAUUGUGUUAUGGACUGACUCCACUAUUGUUUUACAGUGGGUCAAGACCCCACCUCACAUGCUAAAAACAUUCAUAGCGAACAGGGUAGCUCAAAUCUCGGACUAUGUUGGUGACGCCCAGUGGCGACAUGUUCCUGGCGACUCUAAUCCCGCCGAUCUGGCUUCGCGGGGUGCCGACUGUGUCCAGUUUCUAAAUAACUUUGAUCUCUGGCAUCUUGGUCCGCCCUGGUUGUCUCAGGACAUUACCACUUGGCCCAACUCUUCCUAUGAUUCUAUACGUGAUCCCGAUGUCCUCGAAUUGAAACCUGACACGGCUCAGUUCGACGCCUUGGCGUCCCUUGAGCAAGACUCAGAAUUGUUUUCAAAUUUUUCAUCCUGGACUACGGUCGUGAGAGUCACUAUGAUCAUUAUUAAGUGGCAUCCUAGGUACCGCCCGGUUCGUCAUAAUUUUGCUGAGCUUUCCAAUCAUGCUCACAAUUACGUGAUGCGCUACAUCCAACUCUCCUCCUUUAGUAAGGACAUGUCUGGACUUAAGAAUGGAAAACUCCCAUCCUCUUUGGCGUUACGACGACUUUCUCCUUUCUUGGAUGAAUUUGGUCUCCUUCGAGCACGUGGUCGCCUGUCUAAUGCAGAGGACAGUCCUACGCCUAUCAUACUGCCUAAGAAACACCAUUUAGUUUCCUUGCUGAUUCGCCAUACUCACGUUAGGUUGGGUCAUGCAGGUCCUUUACAGGUCCGAUACGCACUGUCCUCAGACUAUUGGAUUUUGGCUGCUCGACAAGUGAUCAGAUCCAUUAUCUUUAAAUGUGUUGUCUGUUUUAGAGCCAAACCUAAAUCUUUACCCCUCUGA